AUGGUCCGCAUCGCCGGUCUCACCCUCGUCCUCGCAGCCCUGUGCAGCAUCCUCUUCGUCACCCCCAUCCUCGCCGAAAGCGAGUGGGAUUGGACAAUGGACCGCAUAGCAUGCGCGAGAAAGGACGUCCGGAUCCUCGCUGCCGUUGAUCGUCUCUGCAACAAGAACAUCCACAUCCCUGGUGCGACCGCGCAGCUGGGCGAGAGCUUUGACGGCAAGAACAAGGUCGCCGUGCUGGUGAACCCUAUGUGCUGGAGUGAUGGCCGUAUCAACGCUAACAGCAAUGUCUGGAUCCCCAAGUACUGGUGCGAAAGACAGUUUUGGAAAGUUUGUGCGCAAGGAAAUGGUGCGGGCAGAGGUUACCAGGUCUUCGGUGGCAGGGGUUGUCAGAGUUUCUGGAUCACGGACAACAAGUGGUAG